CCCUCAUCGAUGACAAGCAACUAUAUGGGGAUGGGACUAUGGGACUUGAGAUGCUUGAUUUUUACAUGCAGAUGUUAUAUAUGUAUAUCGGGUUGUCCGUGGUCAAGAUGGUGUUGAUAGGAGAGAUUUCGUCAUCGUCCAAGAAUCUGGAAAGAUUUCAACUACUUGGUGCUGUUGUCGAUUAAUUUGACAAGUUCUCCUUGCCGCGUGGACGCUUAGGAUUCGGCUGCUCAAUUGUCAGUGUUGCUCAGGCUUAGGUAGAUUACGGAGCUGUCUGACACAUUGUCUCUCACUGCCUUUUACUGCCUUCUUGACAAUGGAGCAAAGAGAUCGCGAGCGAAUAACUUUCUGCUGCGACAGUGUCGUGUCAAAAAUUGAUAUGACCAAACUUUUGCCAAAAUUGUUGGAAAACAAGGUGUACAACAGAGACGACACGAACAUGGUUCGCUGGAAGGACACCAUUAUGACACUAGAUACAGUUAGAGAAAUAUAUUUGACGAUAAAAACACGAGGACCUUAUGCAUUUAACAGCUUACUUCUUAGUCUAAGACAGUCCGAUCAUGGAGAUGUAGCAGAUAUAUUGCAAGGAAAAACUAGUGCAAAUAAUAAAAUAAGCUUGAAUCAAGUAUAUAAUAUUAAUGGACCGAUUUGGUCAGAGAAGCCUUUAAUAGUAAAGCUUUGUAAAGCAACGCAAUUUUUAGAUAGAGAAUAUGAAAUCAUUGAGCGUUAUCCUAUGCGAAGUAAACCUCGAGGAUUGGUUUUGAUAAUCGCAAAUAUUAAUUAUGAUUUAUCAGAGGAACCAAGAUUUGCGGCAGAACAUGACAUAACAAAUUUAAAAAUACUAUUUGAAGAAAUGGGCUUUAAAGUAAUUGUUCAUAUAAAUUUAAAAGGAUCGGAAAUAAAUGAAGUGGUAAAAAAUUUUCAAAAUGAUGAUUUGGAUAAGGUCGAUUCUUGUUUCGUAAUAAUAACCAGUCAUGGUACAGAAGAUCAAGAUGCCGAAGAUAAAGAAAAUAACACAGAAAUCCAGGGAAUUGAUUAUCAUAGUGCAAGCAGACAACCAAAUGAAAAAGUUCUAUGUACAAAUCUUUGCGAUUAUUUUACUGCAGAAGCUUGUCCACAACUUGCAGAAAAGCCAAAGAUAUUUAUUUUUCAACUGUGCAGAGGAAAAAGAAAACAGAUAGCUGUAGCUCACAGUAGGACUACCACUGAUACCAGUCUUAUUCCAAAUACGAAUUAUGAACAAAAAGCACCUUGCAAUAGAUCUCACGUUUUAACAACAAGGAAUUAUUCAGACAUGCUUAUAGUUUAUUCUACCUUACCUGGGCAUGUAUCAUAUCGAGAUAAAGUAACUGGUAGUUGGUUUAUACAUAUCCUGUGCAUUGUAUUUAUGCAGUAUGCUUGCACGACUCAUAUUCUGGAUUUAUUUAUUAUGAUUGAUUCAAUUUUGAAACAAAUCAGAAUAGGAAAAGACGUGCCUGAGUGCCAGACGUCAUCUAUUGAAGUACGGGGAUUCAACAAGCAUCUUUUUUUGAAUCCUGGCCUUUUCGAAACACAACAAUAAA